AUGAAGACCCACCGCCCCCACAUCACGGACUGGUCCCAGACCGAGAGGAUCAGGCGAUUCCUCGGCAUCGAGCCCGGCAAGGCGCGCACGGCCCCACACACGCCCGUGCUCGCCCGCCCCACCACCGCGCGCGCGCAGCGUGCAGCUGCAGCGCAGCGGACGCGCGGCCCGGCGCGCCGGGCCGAGCAGCUGCGUGCGUCGGCCCACAGGCCGCGGCCGCGCAGCUCAGCCUCACCCCACACGGCCCCCGGCUUUGACUGGAAGUCGGCGUCGCCCCAGGUGCAGGGGGCCCUCACGCGCGCCACCAAGACGGGGCUGGACACGAUCACAGCAAAGGUGCCCACCAUUGCGCCCAUAAUCAACGGGUGGCAGAUGAACACCAACACCAUGGGCGUAUACGGCAACUACUACCUCAAGCGCGCCGCCGUGGCGCUCCUGGGCCUGGGCGCCAACCAGCCGGAGGACGCCAUCUACCCCAUCGCCCUGGCCGACGCCGACGGCAAGAAGAUCGCGUCACCCACCAAGUACACGCUCACCUUUAGUAAGGGACAGCUGCCGCCCGUGGGCGCCUUCUGGAGCAUCACCAUGUACGACGCGGAGGGCUACCAGGUCGCCAACCCCCUCAACCGCUUCGCCCUGGGAGACAGGGACAAGCUGCAGUACGCGCCCGACGGCUCCCUCACCAUAUACAUCCAGCCCGACGCGCCGUCCGACAAGUCAAAGCAGUCAAACUGGCUGCCCGCACCCAAAACCGGGGAGCUGGGGAUCACAAUGCGCCUAUACGCGCCGAAGGCCGCCGCGCUGCAGGGCGACUGGGUCCCGCCCGCCAUCAAGAAGGCCGCGUGA